CCCACAUCUUCUCUGCUCACAAACUCACAUAUUUCAUCAGUUUUGUGGGUUUAAUUAAUUAAACACAUUUUCCAUCUAUUCUGAAGUUCUGCCCAUCAUCAGCUCCACUACUACCACCUAUGAAGAUCUUUAAUUGGAUACAUGGAAAGAUCCAUGGGAAGCAACCCAUCAUCACCACCAGUACCAGCAAAUCAUAUCCUAACACAACGGCAUAUAACGCGCCAAAAGAAGAAUUCAGCGACUGGCCUAAUGGAAUAUUACUAACCAUUGGCACGUUCGGGAGCAAUAAGCAGAAUCAUACUAGUAAUAAUCAUCUCAUCAAAGAUCCAGAAGCUUCUUCUCCCGCCGCCGGCUGUGAUAAAGUACAUCAACAAGAACCGCCGCUUACGGCUGAAGAAGUCGGAGAGCUUCAUAAAGAGCUGAAACUACUCAUGCAUAAACAUUCCGUCAGGGCAAAUACUGAUAACCGCGGCGGCGAUGAGCUGGAACAGUUUUUUGAUUGUCUGGACGAUGACGUGGAAGGCGAUGGAAUCAUCCGUGACAUCAUUUCAUCCGACGGCCAGGAUUGUUCUGCCUUCCGCAGGUUGUUUGGGAAUGCUCUCCUGACAGAGACUACUGCUAUUAGCAGAAAGUCACUGUCUUUUUUCUUCAAGAAGGCCAUUCUCUGCCGUGGCGGAUUCGCCUCUCCUCACAUUCCCCGUCCUCCUCUUCUUCCCGACGAUGCAAGAUCGGAGAAGUCGAGAAUGGACAAGAUUCUGAGGUCUAUAUUGCAGAAAAAGAUAUACCCACAGGGAGCUGCAAUGCCGAGGACAUCCCAAAAGAUGUACAAGCUGGAGGAUAACAGCUUAUAUUCAUGUGGGAAAUCUGACAGUGAAGUAGAAGACAGUGAAGAAGAUGAUGAUGUGGAUGAAGGAGUGAGGAAGGGAGGUGGUGAAGCGAGCACCAAAUGGGUUAAAACGGAUUCUGAUUUCAUUGUUCUGGAGUUGUGAGAUUUUCCUCUUCCAUAAUUGGGCAACGUCGGGAGAUCCCAAGGUAGUUAUGUGUUCGAGUGGAAUAUAAUACACAGAUUGAAGGUGGCUGGUGAGGAGGACAUGAUGAUGGAUUAGUUGCAACUUGCAAUUCUUGCAAACAUAACCGACGACAUGAUACAACAUUGUUCUGAUCGAACUCUGACACUACUUUGAGAUGACUUUUUGCCAUGGCUGAUCUCAUUAUUGUAUACUACUAGCAUAUUGCUCUAAUUUAGUUGUUUCAAUUUCUCCUUCAAAUUAUUCAAUAUUGUUGCUUUUUGGAAAUAACACCACACUUGUGUCAACCAAGAUACACAUUGUUGUACACACACUUACACACUCGUGUAUGUCAAGUCUUUUGUAUGUAUACAAACACAACUUAUUUCACAGACACUUCAAAUGC